AUGCUGAACUUCAAAGCAUUCCUGGACCUUCACCUCGACGAUAAGAAGCGCCAGCAGAGGAGGCGGAAGAGCUGCUUGCCUCCAAGGAGGAGCACGAGCGCGGGGGCCGCUGAAAAACGCGCCUCCAUGCACCCGAAGCCACAGGAGAUCCCAUUCGUUCCACAGGAGGAUGAAGACUCGAAGGUCGCCGUCGUAUUUAGAGCUCACUCCGGCAUCGGCAUGAAGGAGCACCGCUACGGACGUCAUCAAGGAGGAGCAUACGACUCGGUGAAGUCUUUGCUCAUCGACUUUUGCAACAGGACGAGCAGUCACGGGAUUCCGUUCUUUGGGUCGAGCAGCUUCUGGCCCCGCUUCUUCUGGUGCAUCAUCUUCGUCGCGUGUGCCUGUUUCUUCUUGGUGCAGACCUACUUUACUCUCGCAGAAUUUUUCCUAUAUCGGACUAUCAUCGAGAUGAGUCUGAAGUUUGAGCCGGCACCAUUCCCAGCCGCGACAGUUUGCAACCUCAACGCGUUUAAGUACAGCGAGCUGAAGACUUUUCCGGAAAUUGCGAAUACGAUUGCAUUAUGGGAAAACGCACUAAUAGAGAAAGGAGGGCUGACUUUAGUAAACGCGGUCGAAGCUGCGAAGGUUCGAAAAAAGCGCCAGGCGGAGUUUCAGCCGGUUUUUGUGAGGUGUACCUGCACAAACCCUAACGAUCGCUGCGUGCCGAAUCGGAAUGAAGAGGCCAACACCCAAGUCUGCCUCUGUUUCGAAGACCUGUCCACUGGGUAUAUUUGGCCUUGCUACCCGACGACAGAAUGGACUGUAAAGACCUGUAAUCAAUGCUCUUUCUCAAAUACGUGUGCGGAUCCGGAUAGGCCGAAUGCUACGAUGCCCUUUAACCACAACGUUUCAUGUCUUUGCCAGGGAAUCUCGCACAAUUGUGUCAUUCAUCCGAAGAACGAAAUCCGGUGGUGGAAUCCACACAACUACACCAUCUACCCCGCAGAACCGCCAACGAUUGAAGCCGUUUUCAACGAGAAUCUGGAUCUUGAGGGUGUUUACGACAAGGGUACGAUGACGACGCGUACAAAAGAGACGCUCAUCUUUAUGGUGGCUGAACUUCCGCAGGAGAUACGACAGAAUAUGUCAUAUACGCUAGAUGAAUUCGUCCUCCGCUGCACGUUCAACGGCAAGGAUUGCAACCUCACGACAGACUUCAAACUCCACCAGGACCCUGAGUAUGGCAACUGCUAUACGUUUAACUACAACGACUCGGUGCAGCUCAAGAAUAGUCGAGCCGGACCGAUGUACGGGCUCCGGUUGCUGCUCAACGUCAACCAGGAGGACUACUUGCCGACUACUGAAGCGGCUGGUGUUCGGAUUGUUGUUCAUGAACAGAAACAAGAACCCUUCCCCGACACCUUCGGCUACAGCGCCCCGACCGGCUUCGUCUCGUCGUUUGGGCUGAAGACGAAGCUCUACACUCGGUUGUCAUACCCUCAUGGCCAAUGCUCCGAUCACUACAACCAAAAGGCGUACAUCUACAAGGGUCAAUACUCGCCGGAGGGUUGCUACCGCAGCUGCUUCCAAAUGGACGUCAUCACGGCUUGUGGAUGCGGGGAUCCAAGACUGCCACUACCUACGGAUACGGAUAUCGCCUGUAGCCCACGAAAUAAGACGCAACUGCAUUGCUUAAGAAAUAUGACGGAGAGCACGGGCGGAUUUUUGAGGCUAGACGAUUCGUGCGAAUGCAAGCAGCCCUGCAAGGAGCAUCUUUUCGAAACUUCUUACUCGGCAGCCGCUUGGCCGUCGCUGAACUUCGUCAUCGGAGAGGAAUGUGCCGGAGCCUCGGAGAUUUUCAAUGAUACCGCGGCUUGCACGGAGUAUUACAGAGUCAACACAGCCUUUUUGGAAAUCUUCUACGAACAGCUAAACUACGAGACGAUGAAUGAGACGGCUGGGUAUACGAUUACUAACCUGUUCUCCGAUUUUGGAGGUAAUAUCGGGCUGUGGAUUGGAUUUUCAGUAAUUACCGUAUUCGAGUUCGCCGAAUUGUUCUGUGAGCUGGUGUACUACGGACUAUACGUAAUGCCGCGCAGAUAUCACAAGACACGGAGGCAGAAGAAGCAGAGGAAACACCAUGGCCUCUCGAUCCCUCAAAUUCUCUACCGUAACAUAGGCGGUCAUUCUGGUAGUAAACAUUCCGAAAAGUCGGACAAAUCUAUGCGAAAGUCGGCGUCGAAAAGCGAUGAAGUGGCCGUUCUGAGUAACGACACCAGCUUGGCCACUCUACCACCCGACGGGAAGGAAAUUGAAGAAUGGCCACCG